CGUAAGGUACAAGUUCAUUGAAUUCUGCGUCAUCGCUAGUCUAUUAUUAUUAUCAUAGUCAUAUAUUUAUAUAUUAUUUCAUCUUAAAAAAAAUCCAUACAAGCAAACGUGCAGUUUGCGAUCACCCGCUAAGGGAUGACGGUGACGUCAUCAUUCGAAAACAAAACAAAUUAUUUAUCUUCGUAGUUUUCCCUUCUAAGCUGGACCAGCCAGAACAAAAUGGCGGGAAUAUGAACAAUCAAAAUAAAAUUAAAUUUAAAAAGAUGAUCAAAAGACAAAGGACGAGGCACAAUAGUAGAUCAAAAAUGCCCGACUAGAACUAGGAUUAAAUAAAAAAAAAUCUUAAAACUGGAUAGAAGUAGAGCUACGUCACUAAUCUAGAUAACAAUAGAGUAAAAAAUCGUAAAUAAAUAGUAAAAAUGAGUCAUGCACAACAGCAUGUACUGGCAAGUGCAAUAGUACUGGCACUAAUAGUCGUUUGUGGUAUUCAUGUCUUCCUAUUUCCGAUGUACACAUCAACACCACAACUACGGCACACUAAAAUACUGGCCUACGAGCAAGCAAUGUGUCGUACAACUUUCAAAAAUAAUAAUUUUAAAUUAAAAAGUUAUAAACAAUUUGACGGAUAUGACGAAGACGAGGAUGGAUGGAACAGAAAUUCAUGUCCCAAAUUCGGAAUCGUUUCGGCAGCUCAAGGCGGCCGUCUUGGAAAUCAAAUAUGGGAGUACGCUUCUGUUUGGGCAACUGCUAGACGAACUGGAUUGGAACCAUUUAUGCCAAGAUGUAUUUUGAAAACUCUACAAGAACAUUUUGAAAAUUUGAGCAUCCCGCCGUUGAGUUACAUCGGCAAGUGUACGCUCGAUUUCGGGCAGGUUGUUAAUUCUCUUGGCCAAUGGAACAGUACCCAGCAAACUAUUAUCAUUCCUAGACACGCAGCCUACUGGAGUCUAAUAUUAGUUUGGCUAGACGACGUCCGCCGUGAGUUCACUUUCAAACCAUUUCUGAAACAAUACGCGUCAAUGCUGCUCAAAAAUUUAUCAGUGCGUUUUGACAUAAAAGAUCCAACAUACGUCGGUGUCCAUGUCCGCAGAACAGAUUACGUCGAUUAUUUAUGGCAAAAGUUGAAAGUUAAACCCGCACCAGCACGUUAUUAUCUAACAGCAAUGGAUUAUUUUAAUAAUAAAUAUAAAAAUGUCAUAUUUGUUGUCGCUAGUGACAGUAUCAGUUGGUGUAAGCAUCAUCUUAAGAGUAAUAAAUAUAACAUUGAUUUCAUAUCCGACAUUGAUGCCCACGCUCCUGGUAAAGAUUUAGCUGUAUUAUCAACUUGUAAUCACAGUAUUAUUGACUACGGUACUUAUGGUUCAUUUGCGGCAUUGCUAUCUGCCGGAGAAACAAUUGUUUAUAAUGUUACUGCAUAUUUUUCGACGAUGAUUGCUGAGGUUUUGCCCAAUUGGCGGGUUAUGAGUUAGAAAAUUAUAAGUCAUUUUUUUUUAAAACCUUCGGUAUUUAAUUACUUUUUAUUUUAAAUGAAUUUAAUGAAAUAUAGGGAAGAUAUUUAAUUAGUAAUUAAAAAGGUCCACUUUUCACUAUCUGAGUAUUAAAAAUUUUUCUGUAUAAUUUCAUGUAAGUGUGCAU